GAUUCGCCGCGCGGGAGGCCGCGGAGCUCCGCCUCCUUUCCCCCCGCUCUCCUCCCGCCCGGCGGCGCUGUGCUGCGCUCCGCCAUGAGGCUGUGCCCGCCGCCGGCGGCAGCGGUGCGCGCGCGAGCGUGAGGGCGCCGCCGCCGGAGCUGCUGCUGCGUCCGCCAAGAUGGCGUGCGUGCUGGAGGCGCCGCUCCGCAUGAGCGUCCUCUCGGAGGUAACAGCGAGUAGCCGCCACUAUGUUGAUAGAUUAUUCGACCUUGAUCCUCAGAAAGUCCUGCAAGGUGUCAUAGAUAUGAAAAAUGCUGUAAUUGGAAACAACAAACAAAAAGCCAACUUGAUUGUUUUGGGAGCAGUUCCAAGGUUGCUGUAUUUACUUCAGCAAGAAACCUCCAGCACAGAACUGAGAACAGAAUGUGCCGUGGUGCUUGGAAGCCUUGCAAUGGGUACAGAGAAUAAUGUCAAAUCCCUACUAGACUGCCAUAUUAUCCCAGCCUUAUUGCAAGGAUUGCUGUCGCCAGAUUUGAAGUUUAUUGAAGCUUGCUUGCGAUGUCUUCGUACUAUUUUCAUUAGCCCUGUAACUCCAGAAGAUCUGUUAUAUACAGAUGCUACAGUUAUUUCCCACCUCAUGGCACUGCUCAGUAGGUCUCGAUAUACACAAGAAUACAUAUGUCAGAUCUUCUCACAUUGCUGCAAACUUCAACACUGGCAUAGCUGCGGCUUUAAAUCAUUGCCUCAGCCACUUCUGUGUGCCAAUGGUCCAGAUCACCAGACAAUCUUGUUUAACCAUGGAGCUGUUCAGAAUAUCGCACAUCUAUUAGUCUCCACCUCCUACAAAGUUCGAAUGCAAGCAUUGAAAUGCUUCUCAGUUCUAGCCUUUGAAAACCCACAGGUGUCAAUGACGCUUGUAAAUGUGUCGGUUGAUGGAGAAUUGUUACCACAAAUUUUUGUGAAGAUGUUACAAAGGGACAAGCCUAUUGAAAUGCAGCUCACAUCAGCCAAAUGCCUUACUUCCAUGUGCAGAGCUGGAGCAAUACGAACAGAUGAUUCUUGCAUCGUUCUUAAGACUCUGCCGUGUUUGGUUCGAAUGUGUAGUAAGGAAAGACUUCUGGAGGAGCGAGUAGAAGGAGCAGAAACACUGGCCUAUUUGAUUGAAACUGAUGUGGAGCUCCAGAGAAUUGCCAGCAUUACUGACCACCUCAUUGUCAUGCUUGCUGACUACUUCAAGUAUCCCAGUUCAGUGAGUGCAAUCACUGAUAUCAAAAGGCUUGACCAUGAUUUGAAGCAUGCGCAUGAACUGCGCCAAGCUGCUUUCAAGCUCUAUGCUUCCCUGGGAGCAAAUGAUGAAGAUAUCAGGAAAAAGAUUAUUGAGACCGAAAAUAUGAUGGAUCGUAUUGUUAAUGGCUUGUCUGAAUCUAGUAUCAAGGUGCGAUUAGCUGCAGUCAGAUGUUUGCACAGUUUGUCCCGUUCUGUACAGCAGCUCAGGACAAGUUUUCAGGAUCAUGCUGUAUGGAAACCUUUAAUGAAGGUUUUACAGAAUGCUCCAAAUGAAAUUCUUGUAGUAGCAUCUUCCACUCUAUGCAAUCUUCUUCUGGAAUUCUCUCCAAGCAAGGAGCCUAUUUUAGAAUCGGGAGCCAUAGAACUUCUAUGUAGUUUAACACAGAGUGAAAAUCUUGCCUUACGAGUGAAUGGCAUUUGGGCUUUAAUGAAUAUGGCGUUUCAAGCAGAACAGAAGAUCAAAUCAGACAUCUUACGAGGUCUGAGUACAGAGCAGUUAUUCCAGUUGCUUUCUGAUUCCGAUGUAAAUGUUCUGAUGAAAACUUUGGGACUGCUCAGGAAUCUUCUAUCUACUCGCCCACACAUAGAUCAUAUAAUGAGCACUCAUGGGAAGCAAAUCAUGCAAGCAGUGACCCUCAUUCUGGAAGGGGAGCACAAUAUAGAAGUCAAAGAACAGACAUUAUGUAUACUUGCCAAUAUAGCAGAUGGGACAACAGCAAAAGAACUGAUUAUGACCAAUGAUGACAUCCUGCAGAAAAUCAAAUACUACAUGAGUCAUUCUAAUGCUAAACUUCAGCUUGCUGCCAUGUUCUGUAUAUCUAAUCUCAUAUGGAAUGAAGAAGAAGGUUCCCAGGAACGCCAAGAUAAACUACGAGACAUGGGAAUAGUAGAUAUUCUACAUAAAUUGAGUCAGUCAUCGGAUCCAAAUCUGUGUGACAAGGCAAAGACAGCACUCCAGCAGUAUCUUGCAUGAUCAAAGACUGAUUGAAUCUAUGGACACCCCUCAUGUCUACUUAAGGAAUAACAGGAGAUAUUCCUGACUCCUUAUAUUUGCACAAGUCACCUUGGGCUGCGUUUUUCUCAGGUGCAGGGAGCUGCUUUGCAGAAACAGUUUAAAUGAUCAGGUCUCCAGUGCACUUGAGAAUUUUCUUGAGGUAGUUUCUUUACUCAGAGGACUCCUGGGGGGUUGUUUUGGGGUUUUUUGGGGUUGUUUUGUUUUUUUUUUUUCCCUGUGCUACCUGGACUUCCGGAUAGAACAAUCAGUCAUCACCUUCCUUUUGGGCCUACAAUUUUCUGCUUUUGCUGCAGCCUGUGUGUGGAUGUGUGAGGAUGUGCUUGAGUGUGUGCUUGGGUGAAUGUAUGCGAGUGUGAGACCUCAGUUUUGUUUUUCCUUUUUUUUGUGUGUGUGAAAAUCUUUUUCUACAGGUUUUCAAGAAUUAACCAUUGUUUGCUGUAUGAAUACUUCAAUGAAUUAUAUACAGUUUGAAUGAAAUGUUAUUUAAAAAGAAAAACCAAACUGUUGUAUCCCAUAAAGUUUAUUUUGAAUUUUGAACAGAUGAAUGUUUUUAAGUAAAAUAUAUGCAUUUCUGAACUUCAGCUUAACUUACAUUAUACUUCCUUCUUAAAAAGUAGAGCAAGACAGUAGACCCUAAAUUAUAAGCAGUGCAUUCUGUACUGAUGAGGUCCAAGAGGUUUUUACCACUGUACAAAAUCACCUGGUACUGAUGACAUGUUCAAAUCCAUGGAAUGGGUGAACUGGAUUGCUUUGAGUUUCUUUGGUUUUUAGAAGAAGAGCUCAUACUUCAGAGUUAGCAUGACUGUUGACUUGUCUGGAAAGGAACAGGUGGCUGCAAUAUCAGCAGGCAUAAGCUAUUGCUUUAGUAGCCAAGAACUUGCUCAGAUAAUUGCUGAAGGAUUGGCUUAUUUCACUGGUGAUGUUUUUUUUUGCUAAUCAUCAAUAUCAAUAGAGCAAACACUAUAUUGCAGAAGUUGUACUUUCAAGAGACCAGAAGGAGCUUUCAAGCAGUGAUUAAGGGAUUGCUUUUGUUCUGCAUCCUUUGCCUCCAGAUACAGUGAAGUGACUUACGAAUUACUUCAAUGAAAGAUCAGCUGGGUGCAUUAAGUUGGGGAAGGGAUGGAAAAGUUGGGUUUGAUGGUUUGGGGUUUGGGUUUUGUUUUGUUUUAUUUUUAGUUCAGUAAUGUUGCUACAGAUUUUCUGUAUAUAUGCAGAUAUACACACUUGCAUGGAUUUGGAUACCUGAAUAAUAAGUGAUGGGAUUUUACUGCAUUCAGAAGCCUAGAUUGUCCAUAAGUUCCUGAAAUUAUGCCUGUAAGUGUGGA